CUUACCGAGGUUUGAAUGUGAAGCGGAGCUGUAGCUGUAGGAGGCGUUGCUGCUGCUACUCCAGUCGCCACCGCCGCCAGUGUUGUCGGGAGACCCGUCAGGUUCUAUAGUUAUGGAGCUGAGUGAUGCCAAUUUGCAGACUCUGACUGAAUAUUUGAAGAAGACGCUAGAUCCUGAUCCCGCUAUAAGGCGUCCUGCGGAAAAAUUCCUUGAAUCUGUCGAAGGAAGCCAAAAUUACCCACUGCUACUCUUAACGCUGCUAGAGAAGUCACAAGAUAAUGUUAUCAAAGUCUGUGCCUCUGUCACAUUCAAGAAUUACAUCAAAAGGAACUGGAGAAUUAUCGAAGAUGAACCAAACAAAAUCUGUGAAACAGACAGGAUAGCCAUUAAAGCCAACAUAGUACACCUGAUGCUUAGCAGUCCAGAACAAAUUCAAAAACAGUUAAGCGAUGCGAUCAGCAUCAUUGGUAGAGAAGAUUUCCCUCAGAAGUGGCCUGACCUCCUGACAGAAAUGGUGAACCGCUUUCAGAGUGGAGACUUCCAUGUUAUUAACGGAGUCCUUCGCACAGCACACUCUUUAUUUAAAAGGUACCGUCACGAAUUUAAAUCAAAUGAACUGUGGACGGAGAUCAAACUUGUCCUUGAUGCCUUUGCACUACCACUGACAAAUCUUUUUAAGGCCACAAUUGAGCUUUGCAGUACUCAUGCAAAUGAUGCCAGUGCUUUGAAAGUGCUCUUCUCCUCUCUGAUUCUGAUUGCUAAGCUGUUCUACAGUUUAAAUUUUCAGGAUCUUCCUGAAUUUUUUGAAGAUAACAUGGAAACCUGGAUGAUGAAUUUCCACAACCUUUUAACUUUGGAUAACAAACUCUUACAGACAGAUGAUGAAGAGGAAGCUGGUCUACUAGAGCUUUUGAAAUCCCAAAUUUGUGAUAAUGCAGCCUUGUACGCCCAAAAAUAUGAUGAAGAAUUUCAGCCUUACCUUCCGCGUUUUGUCACAGCAAUCUGGAAUUUAUUAGUCACAACUGGUCAAGAAGUUAAAUAUGAUUUGUUGGUAAGCAACGCAAUUCAGUUUCUGGCUUCAGUUUGUGAGAGACCCCAUUAUACACACCUUUUUGAAGACCAGAAUACGCUGACGAGUAUUUGCGAGAAAGUCAUUGUUCCCAACAUGGAAUUCAGAGCGGCUGAUGAAGAAGCUUUUGAAGAUAAUUCUGAAGAAUAUAUCCGAAGAGACUUGGAAGGAUCUGAUAUUGAUACCAGACGUAGAGCAGCUUGUGAUCUAGUGCGGGGUUUAUGCAGAUUUUUUGAAGGACCUGUGACAGGGAUCUUCUCUGGUUAUGUUAACUCUAUGCUGCAAGAAUAUGCAAAGAAUCCAUCUGUCAACUGGAAACAUAAAGAUGCUGCUAUUUACCUUGUAACAUCUUUGGCCUCAAAAGCUCAGACACAAAAGCAUGGAAUAACACAAGCCAAUGAGCUUGUAAAUCUCACAGAGUUUUUUGUGAACCAUAUUCUACCAGAUCUCAAGUCUCCUAAUGUGAAUGAAUUUCCUGUGCUGAAAGCGGAUGGUAUCAAGUACAUCAUGAUUUUCAGGAACCAAGUAAGUUGUAGUAUUAGUCUGAAUUCUGAAUGGCUAUUAGCCACAAGGUAUAGAGCAGAAAGUAUUGUAGUUCAUACAUAUGCGGCUCAUGCACUUGAAAGACUAUUUACAAUGAAAGGGGCGAACAACACAACACUAAUUACAGCUGCAGAGAUGGCUCCAUAUGUUGAAAUUCUGCUAACAAACCUUUUCAAAGCCCUGGCACUUCCGGGAUCAUCUGAAAAUGAAUAUAUUAUGAAAGCCAUCAUGAGAAGCUUUUCAUUGCUUCAGGAAGCCAUCAUUCCUUAUAUCCCUUCUCUCAUCACUCAGCUUACGCAGAAACUGCUUACUGUCAGUAAGAAUCCAAGCAAGCCUCACUUCAAUCAUUACAUGUUUGAAUCAAUUUGCUUGUCAAUAAGGAUAACUUGCAAAGCCAACCCCACUGCAGUUGGAAGCUUUGAAGAGGCGUUGUUCAUGGUGUUCACCGAAAUCCUGCAGAAUGAUGUGCAAGAGUUCAUUCCGUAUGUGUUUCAAGUGAUGUCUCUACUGCUGGAGAUGCAUAAAAAUGAUAUCCCGUCAUCCUACAUGGCCUUGUUCCCACAUCUGCUUCAGCCAGUCUUGUGGGAGAGGUCAGGAAACAUUCCCCCUCUGGUGAGACUCCUUCAGGCCUACUUGGAAAGAGGUGCCAAUACGAUAGCAAGUGCCGCAGCUGACAAAAUACCUGGACUGCUAGGGGUGUUCCAGAAACUUAUUGCCUCUAAGCUUAAUGACCACCAAGGAUUCUAUCUUCUCAACAGUAUUAUAGAACAUAUGCCUCCUGAGUCCAUUGAUCAGUACAGGAAGCAAAUUUUCAUUCUGCUAUUCCAAAGACUUCAGAAUUCCAAAACAACAAAAUUUAUCAAAAGUUUCUUAGUCUUUAUCAACUUGUACUGUGUAAGAUACGGAGCAAUCGCACUUCAAGAAAUAUUUGACAGUAUACAGCCAAAGAUGUUUGGAAUGGUUUUGGAGAAGAUCAUCAUACCAGAAAUACAGAAAGUGUCUGGGCAAGUAGAAAAGAAAAUCUGUGCAGUUGGCAUCACAAAAAUACUCACUGAAUGUCCUCCUAUGAUGGACACGGAGUACACAAAACUCUGGACACCUCUGCUUCAGGCCCUCAUUGGUCUCUUUGAGUUGCCCGAAGAUGACACCCUUCCAGAUGAAGAACACUUCAUUGACAUAGAAGACACACCCGGAUACCAGACUGCGUUCUCCCAACUCGCCUUUGCUGGGAAAAAAGAACACGAUCCAGUGGGCCAAAUGGUGAACAACCCUAAAAUCCACCUUGCACAGUCUCUUCAUAAAUUAUCUACUGCAUGUCCAGGCAGGGUGCCCUCAAUGCUGAGCACAAGCCUGAAUGCGGAAGCUUUACAGUUUCUCCAAGGAUACUUACAGGCUGCGAGUGUCACAUUGCUCUGACCUCUCGUUUCUGGCAUCAGAGGAUCAGAGUUUCAAAAUUGUGUCAAAAUCCGCCGAUACUGACUGUCUCCUAAGCAAAGCUCGGAGAGGACGAAGCAAGUUGCUCCUUCAAAAACACUUUGUCGAAUUGUUUGCUUGACGCAGAAUCUGAAAGAUUUCAUUCACACGACCAUAGAUAAAGAAGCAAAAGUGACUUUCCCAUUCCCAGUUUGCUUUCAAAGGGAAAUAGUAAAUAGGAGUUUCUCAUUUUGGGAUCGAUUGGGGUUCCACAUCUGCUGUGUUUGGGGUAACAUUUUAAAAGGUAUAGAGCACUGGCUGCAAAACUCAUUUUGUGUCACUAAAAAUCUUUUUUUCUCCAGUUUGUCAUUUUUAUUUCUGUUUGUGUCUUUAAACUUUAUCUGAAUUGUGAAUAAAUAAGUUCUUGUUUAAAGGGUCUGCCUAGCAAUGUAUGUCUUACUCUGUUAGAAUAAAUUGUAACAGUCUGCAAAUGAUGCCAUUGGUCCCAUGCCAUACGCAGUGUGUGUAACUUUGUUUGUCAUCCUGGCACUAUUCAUGAUGAAGUUAAAAUUGUAUUUGAAGGGGCACCUUCAUAGUAUUCUGACUUCCACUGGCAGAAGUGUAAGGAGUGUUCCUUUACAAAAACACUCAAAUCCUUUCAGGAAAUUCAUAGCUAUUUAAAAAAGUAAUAAAUGUCUAUUAAAUGUAAUCCAUGCAGGUGGUUCUUGUUAAGCAACUAUGUUCAGUUAUCUUUGAGGCUUGCUGGUGUUCUUCAGUUUAAUAUCCAAACACUGAAAAUCUGUGGUAAACAGAACUCCAUAUAUCACUGAAUUUUGUUUUGAGGAGAAUGAUCAGCUAGUUUUAAUAGGGAUGGGGAGUAUCUGGGAGUCUUUUAUCCAGCGAAGCUGGUUUGGGGUUUCAAAUACUCAGAAGCCAAUAAAGAAAAUAGGAAGGGGGAGGAGGUAACAGCCUCUUAGUGGUUCCUCUAAUGAAUGUCGUUGAGUUGACGAAGACUGAAAAGACCUUCGCAAGUUAAAAGUGCAAUAUAAAUAGGAGAGCUAGAAGUUUUCCCAGAGGUAUGAAACUUGGCAUUCCUUGAAAGUAAAAACCAUGCCACUUUCCUGUUAGAAGCCUGAGGCCCAGAGAAUGUUGUGGUGAUUCAUACUGCCAUUCUGCUGGUGAAGGUAAGUGUGGACCUGUGUGGGGAGACUGGUUCUCAUGCCACUUUAUGUAGGAAGAAUAGGACAAGGAUAUCAACCUCUUUUUAAAGAAAGUAUGUUGAAAUUCUUUUCUGCUGGGGACUUGCAAUUAGGAAUGUUGGAAGUGCCAGAGAUGGGUUCUGAUAUAGCACAGUCCAGGUAGCAAGAAUCCUUGAAUUUUUAUUUAUGAUUUUGAAUAUCUUAGUUCCCUGCGGUAUAAAAAGCUUUUACUUUAAACGCGAGGCCUGUUUACAUGAAAUAUUCCCCCCCCCCUCCUUUAGCCUUUCUUAGGUACAUGUUGACAUAAGAAAACGUAAUGUCUGAACUGGGCAACAACCACAGAUAAGUGGCUGGCUGCAGUUUCAGUUGCUAUGGAGGCUGCUGCGAUCACGAGAAUCGCUGCCGGCUCACCAAUAUAGCAGGGUGGCGAUGGGGGGGGGGGUUAUGACCGCUUG